AGCGCCGGAGGAGCCCCUCUUCGUGCGCAGCGAUGUUGGCGAGCGGGGUUGCGCAAAGGGAGCCUCGAAACAAAGGAUACAUCUGGGAGGUCAAGAUUGAGGGAGAAACAUCUGAUGUAUCACUGGAAAAAGCUGAGGAGCAGGACCAGAAACUGAGGACUCAAGAUGGAGCAAAGAGACAAGAGAGACAAACUCACACAGGAGACAAACCAUAUCAAUGCUUGGAGUGUGAAAAGAGCUUCAGGUGGAGUAGCACUCUUACUUUGCAUUACAGAAGUCAUACAGGAGACAAACCUUAUAAAUGCUUGGAGUGUGGAAAGACCUUUAGUCAGAAUGGCAGCCUUACUUCGCAUCAAAGAAGUCACACAGGAGACAAACCUCAUAAAUGCUUGGAGUGUGGAAAGACCUUUAGUCAGAAUGGCAGCCUUACUUUGCAUCAAAGAUGUCACACAGGGGACAAACCGUAUACAUGCUUUGAGUGUGGAAAGAGCUUCAGGUGGAGUAGCGCCCUUACUUUGCAUCAAAGAUGUCACACAGGGGACAAACCUUAUAAAUGCUUUGAGUGUGGAAAGAGCUUCAGUCGGAGUGGCCACCUUACUUUGCAUCACAAAACUCACACAGGAGACAAACCUCAUAAAUGCUUGGAGUGUGGAAAGAGCUUCAGUCAGAGUAGCACCCUUACUUUGCAUCACAAAACUCACACAGGGGACAAACCUCAUAAAUGCUUGGAGUGUGGAAAGAGCUUCAGUCAGAGUGGCCACCUUACUUCGCAUCGAAGAACUCAUACAGGAGACAAACCUUAUAAAUGCUUGGAGUGUGGAAAAUGCUUCAGUCGGAGUGGCCACCUUACUUUGCAUCACAAAACUCACACAGGGGACAAACCUUAUAAAUGCUUGGAGUGUGGAAAGACCUUCAGUCAGAGCAGCACCCUUACUUUGCAUCACAAAACUCACACAGGGGACAAACCUCAUAAAUGCUUAGAAUGUGGAAAGAGCUUCAGUCAGAGUGGCCACCUUACUUCGCAUCAAAGAACCCACACGGGGGACAAACCUUAUAAAUGCUUUGAGUGUGGAAAGAGCUUCAGUCAGAGUAGCACCCUUACUUUGCAUCACAAAACUCACACAGGGGACAAACCUCAUAAAUGCUUGGAGUGUGGAAAGAGCUUCAGUCAGAGUAGCACCCUUAGUAAACAUGAACGAACUCACACAGGGGACAAACCUUAUCAGUGCUUGGAGUGUGGAAAGAGCUUCAGUCGGAGUAGCCACCUUACUGUGCAUCAAAGAUGUCACACAGGGGACAAACCUUAUAAAUGCUUGGAGUGUGGAAAGAGCUUCAGUCAGAGUCGCACCCUUAGUAAACAUGAAAUAACUCACACAGGGGACAAACCUUAUCAAUGCUUGGAGUGUGGAAAGAGUUUCAGUUGGAAUAGCCACCUUGUUCUGCAUCAAAGAUGUCACACAGGGGACAAACCUUAUCAAUGCUUCGAGUGUGGAAAAAGCUUCAGGUGGGGUAGCACCCUUACUGUACAUCAAAGAUGUCACACAGGGAAGAAACCUUAUCAAUGCUUGGAGUGUGGAAAGAGCUUCAGUCAGAGUGGCCACCUUACUUCACAUCAGAGAACUCAUACAGGGGACAAAUCUUAUACAUGCUUCGAGUGUGGAAAGAGCUUCAGUCAGAGUAGCACCCUUAUCUUGCAUCACAAAACUCAUACAGGGGACAAACCUUACAAAUGUUGCGAGUGUGGAAAGACCUUCAGUGGGAGUAGCAACCUUAGUAAACAUGAAAGAACUCACACACGAGAUAAACCUUAUAAAUGCUUGGAGUGUGGAAAGAGCUUCAGUCAGAGUAGCACCCUUAGUAAACAUCAUAGAACUCACACAGGAGACAAACCUUAUACAUGCUUGGAGUGUGGAAAGAGCUUCAGUCAGAGUGGCCACCUUAGUUCGCAUCAAAGAUGUCACACAGGGGACAAACCGUAUAAAUGCUUCCAGUGUGUAAAGAGCUUCAGUAAGAGAUUCUCCCUUAUGGUGCAUCAAAGAAUUCACACAGGGGACAAACCUUAUAAAUGCCUCGAGUGUGGAAAAAGCUUCAGUCAGAGUGGCAACCUUACUUCGCAUCAAAGAACUCAUACAGGAGACAAACCUUAUAAAUGCUUUGAGUGUGGAAAGAGCUUCAGUCAGAGUGGCCACCUUACUUCGCAUCAAAGAACUCACAUGGGACAAACCUUACACAUGCUUGAAGUGUGGAAAAAGUGAAAAUGCGAUGCUUCUGAAAGAACCACUAAGUUCCCCUUCUGACCCAUUUUAUUCCUCCUAUAUCUUCACUCCAGCCAUGCAAGGUAGGUUAGGCUGAGAAGUGGUGACUGGCCCAAGCUGGGAAGUGCAGAAAAUCAGUGAGAAGAGAAUUUAAAAUACAAAACUGCA